AAAGUCAUUGUCAUGUCAAACAGCUUUCGAGUUUCGAUUUGCUUACUUGUGUAUCGACAUUCGACAAAUAAUUUUCCGAAUUUCCCAAUUGGAAAAUGUUAGUUCUUUCCUUACACUGAAAAUUAAUAACUGCAAAAUAUUAUUUGUAUUUACUUGACUGCUGUGAAGAAAAAACCGGCGAUAUGUCUAAAUGGCAAUCGGAAAGAAGCAUCCAUGAGAUGUUAAAGGAUACACCACCAAUUAGGGAGUCCAGCGACUCCAUCACCUCAGGGACGGAGGCAAAGUUCCCGACCUCUCGAUCUAUGCCUUUUCCUCCUGCCUAUGCACCACCCGAUGUUUCUCAAAAUGGCGGCGCUGGAACGAGUACUCUGCUGCGGGCUGGUUCAUCUAAGUUGGAGUCAUUGCGUAACUGGAGUGUCUCCACUUACAAGUGCACUAAGCAGAUCCUGUACGAGAAACUGGGCAAGAGCUCAAGGACAGUUGAUACUGAACUGGAAGCGCAAAUCGAAAUGCUCCGCGAGACGCAGCGCAAGUACAACGGCAUAUUACGGCUGAGUUCAGCGCUGACACAGCAGCUGACAGCCGCCGGGCACACGCAGCGCGCGCUCGGCGAAGCGUUCGCGGAGCUCGCCCAGAAAUCGCCUGAGCUACAGAACCAGUUCUUAUACAACGCGGAUACACAGCGUUCCCUGACGCGUAACGGCGAGACGCUGCUGGCGGCACUUCAUUUCUUCAACAACUCGUUGAACACACUCACCAACAAGACUAUAGAGGAUACGUUGCUCACCAUACGACAGUAUGAAGCGGCGAGGGUUGAAUAUGAUGCGUACCGUAGUGAACUGGAAGCAAGUGGUGGCAACCCUCCCGAGUUGUUGCUUGGCAACAUUGAGCGACACCGGCGGCAUUACGAGCGACUCCGCGACGAUUCCGCAGUGAAACUCAAGUUAUUACAUGAAAAUAGAGUUAAAGUGAUGAAUAAACAGCUGCUGCUAUUCCACAACGCGGUGUCAGCAUACUUCAGUGGGAACAAUGUAGCGCUUGAAGCGGCUGUGCGACACUUCAACAUCCACACGCCCACGCCGACGUCCCCCCCGCCCGCUCUGUCCACCGCCACCGCCGCGCCACCAGUGCUGCCCCGGACUGCGUAGGGGAAUACAGCGCUUGCAUCGCUGUAAACUCACUACAAGUACUCAAAUGUGAGCACACAAGGUCUCUUAUAAAUUAGAGAUGCUGCUUAUGUCACUUUAUUCUUGUGAAAGUAAGUUUGUUAUUUGGCGCCUUAACGACUCAACCAAUGAAUUUGACGUAAAUGUACUAUUUGGGAUUAAAAAGAAUUUGGGAAGGAAGAAAAGUUUAAUGCGGACUGAAAAUAAUAAGUAGGGAAUAUUUUGAAAGAAUGUGGUUUAUUAAAGGUGGCCUUAUCGAAUAGAAGCAAUCAGAUAACUUUUACAGACGCUUAACAUCACCUCCAUGUUUAUAAAAACAUCUAAUAAAGCUGUAUUAGCUAUUGAAGUGUUUUGUCUCUGUCUUCGGCGCCAAAUUUCAAUUUGAAAGAGAGUGACAUCAAUAAUUGUUAAAUUGAGUUUAGUUAUAAAUUUCACGCUUUUGUGAACAAUGCACAGAAGAUGCAUAAUACAAUGCAGUUUUUACGGCAUCAUCUGAUUUUUAUGAGACCUAUUCUUUAUAAUUUUUUAUGCAUUAAGUAUUUCACGCGUUGAUUGUUAGAAAGCCUGAAUAAGUGACGUACAACUGUUUCUACAAACGUUAAUUUUUCUAAAACCUUUUAUUAACGUAAAAUAUUUCUUAUUUUCAUAUACAUAAAGCAGAAUAUUAAACACGUUAUAAGAAUUUCAGGAAAUCCUUUAUGCAAAGCCUAUAUAUAUGUUAAAAGAAAUUAAAAAAAUCAAUUUAUUUCUUGCUUUGCGUGAAAGAUUUAUUUAUAUACUAUCUUUAGAAGGAAGUCCAUCUAAAUAGUUUAGGACAUUUUACUUUGCUAAUUUUAAAGGAUUGAAUAAUGUUUGUAGAAAUAGAUGUUUUUCGAGAAAUUCCUAUUAUGUAUAUACAGGCCCUAGUAGGUAUUGCAUUGUAUUAAACAUAAUCAUGACAUGAACAUUUGAACAAAAUAACCAAAAAGAACAAUUCUCGUUGACUAAUGAUGAAGUAGCCUUAUGGUAGUCGAUUGUGAUAGAACGGAUUGUAUCACUGCCUGGUUAUAAAGUUAACAUAAGAUCUGAUAUUUUAUCUAUUGGAAAAAAGUAUUAAUAGAUGGUUUUAAUUAUUUUUUUUUUUUAUAGAAAAUCCGCCUGUCUUUAAAAAAAAACUUUGGAAAAUUGACGAAUUGACGUACAGAUUUUUUGUGUUGUUAUGUACAUAAUAGAGUAACAGUCUAGUCUCUAGCUACAAUUUGAUAUGAAUCUGAAAAAAAAAACAGACUUAAACUCUUAUAGCAAUUUUUUCUUAUCAGUCAUGAUAAUAUGAAUGAGUAUACUUUAUUUGCAUUAUACAAUAUAGGAAAUAAACAAGACAAUUUACAAACAUAACGAUACAAUUGUAUAAGUACAGUAAGGCGGUCUUAUUGCUGAGAGCAAUCUUUUCAAGACAACCUUAAGGUAAGUGAUAAAACUGAAUAACUUUUUAUGUUACAUAUAUAUGUAACAUAAAAAGUUAUUCAGUUUUAUCAUAUAUCAUAUCAUUUAUAUAAAUGAUAUGUUUUGCUCUGAUAUUAACCAUGGCUAAUACGAAAAAUGAAACCAACUAGCCAAAAAAUAUAUAUACUUAAUAGUUUAUAUUUUAUCUUUUUCACAAACAUAAGUAAUUUUUGAUAAAACAAAUCAAAAAUAACAAGGAACGAAAUAUGAAAAUAUUGUUUAUUGUGAUUAUUUGUGAAAAACAUAAUCUGAUAAAUUAUUUGAUGAGGUUCAGCGGGCCUACCAUGAAAUGAAAUUCCGAAAUUUCGGACUCAAUUUCGUGUUUAUGUUUAUACCAAAAUUGGAUCAAUAAAUGGAGUUGAACAUUUCGUUCGUCAUACAUCCUAUCGUAAAAGUCCAAAGAAACAAUAUUUUAACAUUUUAAAUAUUCCCAAACGGCAUGUAUUAUGUAAUUUUAGCUUCAAAUUUGUUUUUCGUUUGGCUCCGAUAUUUCGGAAAACGUUUUAUGGUAGGCCCUCAGAUUGUUAUUCUAUUUCAGUUGCAAUCUAGUAUAUGUUGAGUCUAUUACACAUCGUAUUGAUUAUAUUAAAAUAUUGAGACUCAAAAGGGACUGUGAUGUAAGAGUUUAGAAUGAAAAUUAGAAUUGGCAAAACACUACUUAGGCAAAUAUCGAUACAAUGAAACGAAAAGUUGUAUGAGUGAGUAGCAAACAUCUAUAAUAAUAGUAGUUUCAAUCACGAGUGUAAAUGUAAGUUUAAAAUUGUUGCAAAGUAAAAAAAUAUGUAACAUACGAGUACAUUAUAAAAAUGACAAUUUGAAAAGUAUAAACAUUGUACUUCGAUGACGUGUAUGAUUAUGAGUAGUAAGUAAAAAAAUUGGAACUCUAAACUGAUUAUUCCAUGAAAUUAUUCUAGAACUUUGCACACCUAACUCUACAUUUAAUAGCAGAAACGAUCUUAACAAGUCUUAAACAGUCCUUCAGAUGAUUUGAACAUUGAAAUUUACCUUCAGAAUUUUAAUAUUCUUAUGCACAUUCCAUUGUUAUAAAAGUAUGUAUAUUUGUUACUAGUAAAAAAAAAAAAUUAAACAUAAUUGCCUAAGAACAUUAUUUGAUCCGGCUCGAAGUACCAAAACGCUUAAGAUUCAAUACUUUGUGAUACGAAAAAAUCGUUUGGAUAGUCGAUUGUAGCAAAAAUGGAGAAUAGCUUUUUGAUAUAAGCUCGAUCUCAUAAUUCAUGAUAUAUCUUAUAAUAUAUAAAAUAAUUUCUAAUAAUCUAAUGGUUAUGGUGAUACCCCAUAAUCUGUAGCCUCUAUGGUCUGAUACUUAAUAAUGAACUAGUGUUGUUUUCUUGAGGUAUAGCUUCCGAGUUUUGUCCCAUGUUCUUUUCGAUUACAAUAAUUGUAUUACAUUAAUCACAGCAUACUUUAAAAUCUGUAUAAUGUAUAAUACACCUACGGUUACACACUAAAUAUCUUACUAAUAAAAAAUGCAUGUUAGCAAACUCAUACUGUACCUACAUCUACAAGUAUUAAUAAGAAAUUAUAAAUUAUUACAACAAAGCAAUUUUUUGUAUUUAGAAUUAAAAAAAAAAUACAAAUAUGUGACAAUCUUUUUUACAAAUUCUAAAUUCGUUAAAUUCAUAUUCAGCUUUUGGCAAAUCAAAUAGAAAUUGAUAAAAUUUUAAUUUUUUUAUGAUAAAAAAAAAAAAAUUUGUUACGAUAUGUAACUAAAAUUACAAUAAUAUUUUACUUGCCAAUUAUUUAGUUUUUAAAUUAUGUGUGGAAUUAGCUUUUGGCCUUUAUGCCCAUUCAUUCCAUUGUUUAUUUGUGCUUCGCUUUACGCUUGUCUAGUUGUAAAUUAAUACAUAUUUUGAUAAAUCCAUUUUAUGUGAAUAAUUAAUACAUAUAGAUAAGUACGAAGUAAUUAUUUUUACUUGAUAUAAAAAUUUAUUAACAAUAGUAGUAGUAUCGAAUAUUAUUUAUUAUUAUUUAAUUCAUGUAGAAUUUAAAUAAUCAUUUUUUUUUUUUACUGUGACCUUCUGGCUUAGUUUUUUGUACUAUAGCAAGUUGGCCAGGCCUAUCUGUUGGAAAGUACUUAGAAGUAUUUAGGGAUUUAUCCAUAAUGUUGCAAUAUUCAAAAUUUUAUUGUUGCUUCAAAAACUGGAAAAGGUAUCUAAUUCGUUAGUAUUUUUUUAUGUUUGUUUGUUUUUUAUGUUUUAUGUUUACAACACCACUUAUAAACUGAUUUUUAAAAUUCUUUUUUUUUUAUCUGAAGGGAUAUACUUUCAGAUUGGUCCCAUAGAAAUUUUAUCAAAAUCGAUUCGGUAGGUUAAGUUCAGUAAUAUAUUAUGUAUUCAAAAGGCAUAGCAGAUAUAAAAAAAUAUAAAAACAAUAGUUGAAUUACAUAAUAAAUAGGCAAACCCCAUAAAAUAUAUUGAUUGAAGAAUGAAGAAAUAAAUCUAAAAUGGACUCUUAAAUUAUUUAAGAGCAUUAAUUUAACAUAUGUAUAACAUAGUAUUUUACCUAGUUAUGAUCUCAAUAAAUAGCAUUGUUCUAAAUAUUCCAAAUAUAUUAACUUGCAUACUUAAUAUUAAGUAUACAUAAUAUUAUAAAAAAUUGAUGUAAAAACUUCAAGUUGACUGCUGGAUGGGAAACUUAUAAAUUGUUUACUAGAUAGUUAAAGAAAUCUGUUUUACAUAAACCGUCAACUACUUAAUAUAAUCCGCGGAAUUUAAUAUACAUCUUGUGCUGAGGACAUAAUAUUAACGAAAUAGUACUUUCAUCGACGUGUAAUACAAAAUGAAUCGUAUUAUGAGUUGAGUAAAACAGAUUUUUUUUUAUCUCCUCACGAGACGUGUGAACGACAAUACUGUAUGGUUCCGAAGGCACAGUCAAUUGUAGAUUGUUUUAUAUUUUAACUGUGUUAUACACCUAUUUGAUUGUAUAUCUAUUUAACAAUGUUUCUAUUGGUGAUUGUUGGUAUUUAGUGGAAUUUUGAAUUUUGAAUAUUUCAUAUUUUACGGUAAAAUUUAGGAAAAAUAACUUGAAGUCUAUAUAGUACUUUUUUUUUUAACCCCCGAAAUAAACACUUGAGUUUAGUUGAUAUGGCUAUCGUGAGUCAUAUAUGUAUAGUAUGACUCCCGAUAGUUAGUUCUACUAUAAUAUCGCGGUUUCCUGUCAAAUAGUUUGCGGUUUUUAUUAUUAAAAUAUUUUAUAAUCUAUUUUACAAUUAUGAUUUAAUAUUUGUAGAUAAGUGGUUUUAUAUCUAUACUAUAAAUAAUCCUUAAUAUAUGUUUUUAUUUUUAUUAUGAAUUCAUAAUACCCGUAACGGUCGAUAAUUACCAAUAUCUAUAGUCAUAUACAUUACAUUUAAAUUAACCAUAGACCAUGUACUCAAAUAUGUAUUAAAAUUUUACCUAUUUUGAUCCAUAGUUAUUAAUGACAAAACCAAAAAUUUCAAGUGAAAGAUUAUUGCACCAAAUCCUGUAUUUAAUCUCUGGGCAAAUUAUUUUUUAUCAAUUUGUUACUUAAAGAUAUGUUAGUACCUACUUAGAUACUACUUACUAUGUAAUCUAAGAUGAAAUUAAAAAUACUAAUAAAACUAUGUAGAUAGAGGCCAGAAUAAGCACCAUUAUUGAAAUAAUAUUACAUUAUUGAUUUGGCUGUUAUUUCGAUGUAUGUUAAUUAUUAUUGAAAUUUAAUUAGUUUAAAGUGCAAUAGAACAUAUUUUGUUAAUAAUUAGAAAGUUUAUUAACAUUUUUAAUGAGCUUUCUGGCGGCAGUGAUUGGUAAACAUAAGGUGUUUAUAGCGAUAAUUAAAAAAAACCUGAGUCCCUGUGUCUAUUUUUUUUUUUUCAAUACUGACUUUAAGAACAUUAAUCUUAGAAAAUUAAUAACUGGACUAGGACUAUAAAAUUGGUAUUUCUUUUUAAAGAAAGACAUUUUUGUAGCACAUACCUUAAGUGUCCCAACUAAACUUCCUUUGCCCUAAAUAUGCCCUGUGCUCAUCACACACUAAAUUACUAGAAAUAUAUUUUCUUUCAUAUAAUUUAUGCGUCGCUGUAAUUGCCAGAAUGCUCUUCGCUUACUGUAAAGCCGAAGGUAUUCUAAAUAGCUAGUCAAACGUUUUUCUUUUACUUUUAAUAUGAUUUUAUUUAUUUAUAUCUCUAGCGAGUAAUAUAUACACCUAUAGUUUUGUAAGUUAAAUACUGUGUUUAUCAUAUUUUUUAAGGAGUGUAAAAUAGAUCACUUGUAACUCU